AGGGUCCGCGCUUUGCCCUUAUGGAAAGGUGUCCAUCCACCAAAGAUACAUCUACCAACUCUGGAAGAGCUCCCAGACUGCACUGCUACCCUUUUAAUCCUGUCCAGUCUAUAUACGAAAAAAAGUCUUAAUCUCAUCAUGUCGGCGACUCAGAAAAUUGCAGUGCACUCACUUUCUGACCUCAAGAACACAACAGACGAUGCGCUGCCCAACUACCUCAACUCGCUCAAAUUCAAGCAAAUCCACACCCAGACCGACGUACGAUUAGUCCUCGGCUACACAGCCGUCACCAUCGCCGGCGCCCUCUUCUACUACGACUGGAAGUUCGGCUGGGAAGCCAGCAAGCCAUUCACCCUCCCGGCCGUCGUUGCCUACUUCAUUUUAAAUGGCGCGUUCAGCUUCUGGCUCUGGAUCGUGGAAAAGGGUGUUGUGUACGAGGGAGAAGGCAAGACCGGCAAGGUGAGGAUAUCAUCACACACCAAGAAACACAUCCCAAUCUAUGAAUGCGACGUCGUCUUCACACCCGCACCCUACGCCUCGAACCCAAAGCAAACCCUCCACAUCCGCGCGCCCAUGACCCGCUGGUUCACCGCAGAUGGCUACUUUGUUGCGAAACCCUUUCAGCAAUGGCUCGCUUCUGAAGUCCCGGUCAUCGGCGCUGCGGACCCUAACAAUGUCGUAGAGGAGAUUGGACGGGGAAGCGCAGGCAUGGACACGACGAUGAACUUGAACAGCUCCAAUGCCAUAGAUGUUCUGCAACAGCUCAAGGCUAGCGGCGCCAAGUUUGCGAGCGGUGAUGCGCAGAAGCGGAGGUAGUGAGGGAGUUGUUCGUGCGUUUGGAGGAAGAUAGCUGAGGACUGGGUGCAUGGUUCAGCAGGGAAUGCACAUAUAUGAGAGGCAGGGCAUUGCCUACUCUAAGUGUGAGAAUUCAGAGCACGGCAAAAAGUAUGCGGGAGUUAUAUUGGCAGAAUUCGUCACCAAUGCAUCGGAAGACCUUGUUCAAAGUUAUGUCGAGUUUUACUAGCUAGGAAUGACAUGCUACUAACGCCAAAAAAAUGCUGAUGUGAGCGAUGACUCCUGUAUCCAA